AUGCAGCUCGGGCCCCCCAUGAACACAGGGAUCCCCUGGGUGCUGACACCCCACAGCGGGCGCUGUGCAAGGCUUGGGGAGCUCCUGUUGGAUCCCAGUCGUUUCCCAGAUGGAAGAUCUGCUUGGGAUCCACUUGGGACACGCAGCCAGUGUGAUCCCGCCGCUCUCCGGCACAGCGCUGCCGCCUCCUUCCCCACCUUAGCGAUUGGGGGAUCCCACGGGGCUGGGAUCCGCCAGCAGCGGGAUCAGCCCCCCACGGCCGCGCUCUCCCUGCAGGCAUUGCCCGGGCACGGCACGGGGCUGCCGGGGGCACGGGGUUGGCUGCGGCGCCUGGGGGAACCGCUGGGACUGCAGUCCCCCGAGCAGGAGGCGGUGCUGCGGGUGCUGGACGCGGGGCUGGAGCGGUGCCUGGCGCUGCACGCAGCCUGCAUCCCCCUGCCAGGGCACAGGAAGCUCCCGGGCAAGGCAGGCAUCGACGAGGUGAUGGCAGCUGCGGUGCUCACCAGCCUCUCCAGCAGCCCGCUGGGGCUUGGCCACCCCCCGGCACCCCCUGGCCCGGCAGAGCCUGGCAGUGAGGUCUGGAAGGAGGCACCAGCCAUGUCCUUCAGCUGCAGCAGCAGCAGCAACACCAGCGGGGAAUGGAGCUGGGACCCCCCCAGCGACCGUUCCACCCCCUCCACCCCCUCACCCCCACUCUCCAGCCAUGACCCCAGUGCCUUUUUGCCCACCUUGCCGCCGGACGAUGGCCCCGAGGAGCCUGACAGCACCCACUUCGUGUUUGGAGAGCCCGUCCCGCGGAAGAGGAAGAACUCCACCAAGGUGAUGUUCAAGUGCUUGUGGAAGAGCUGCGGCAAAGUCCUCAGCAGCUCCUCAGGGAUGCAGAAGCACAUCCGAACCGCGCACCUUGGCCGCCAAGCCGACCUGGAGCAGAGCGACGGCGAGGAGGACUUCUACUACACGGAGCUGGACGUGGACGUGGACUCGCUGACGGACGGGCUCUCCAGCCUGACGCCCGUCUCGCCCACCUCCUCUGUGCCUCCCGCCUUCCCCGGCCCCGAGCUGCCGCCCUUCCCCAGCCCCGAGCCGCCGCUGGGCUCCCCCCGCAGCCCCCCGCCGCCCCCCGGCCUCUGCCACGUCCACACCGACCACGCGUACCAGGGCUGCCCCUCAGGGCCCACGGGGGUGGAGAAGCGAUCCCCAGGGCCGCCCGUCACCGGGCCGAGGACGCCGGCGCUGCCUUCCCCGGCGCUGCCCAAGCCACCCGCUGUCCCCAGGAAGCCGCGGGGGGAGGCCAAGAAGUGCCGCAAGGUGUACGGCAUGGAGAACCGGGAGCUGUGGUGCACGGCGUGCCGCUGGAAGAAGGCCUGCCAGCGCUUCCUCGACUGAGCCCCGCUGCCGCCGUGCCCCCCCAGCUCUCCUUCUUGCACAUUUUGCACUUGAGGUGCCUUCGCGCCCC